GGAGCCGAGCCGCUGGAUUCAAACGGUGCGGGGCGCGGAAGGGGGCAGUUAGUGCGCGAGGCGUCCGUGAGGGUGGUAUCUGAGGCCGCCGCCCGUACCGCCGCUCGUACCGCUGCUCCAGCCUGUGCUGCCGCCCGCCAUGGCCCACAAGCAGAUCUACUAUUCUGAUAAGUACUCUGACGAGCAGUACGAGUACCGACAUGUGAUGCUGCCACGAGAACUUUCAAAACAAGUGCCAAAAUCUCAUCUGAUGUCUGAAGAAGAGUGGAGACGACUUGGUGUUCAGCAGAGUCUUGGCUGGGUUCACUAUAUGAUCCAUGAGCCAGAGCCACAUAUUCUGCUCUUCAGAAGACCACUUCCAAAGGAUGAGCAGAAAUAAGCCAUGGCCUUUUGAAUCUUCUGGAACUAUGUAUAUGAGUGUGUAUAUAUGUUGGUAGUAUUCAGUGAAUACUUGAAAUUUACAAAACAUACAUCCAAACCUGUGCAUGAGCUGUAUUAUUCACAGCAACAAAGCUCAGUCAAAUGCAAUUCCAAGCAGGCUGCUAUGAUGUUCAAAGAGUGAUGACUUUAUCUUUUACUGUUAAUGUAAGUGCCUCUCUGACUUAAAUUGUGUUGUUUGUGUUGCAUGUUCUGAUUAGCUCAUCACUUGUUAGUGUUCUGUAACUUUUGCACUCAAACUUUCUGCAGUAGUGUAGUAUGUUCAAAUCCAGUAGUUCAACUGUUCAGUAGUAAGUAGGCUUAAGAAAUAAACUUUUUAAAUGUUUUAUGAAA